UAGGAACGCCUCUGCACUCCGGCGUUCUCUCACAUCCAUCACAGGCGCUUCACACACUCACGCUGACACAGCUCCUGAAGAAGCCGAGACAUGGACACGCUGAGAAGAAAGGGAUAAAAACUGGACCUGAAGAAGAGAGGAAGCGGGAAGAAACAACAGCAGAAGAAGAGUGAAAGGGGAAGAAAGAAGAAGGAAUAAAGAAGAUAAGAGAGAAAGUGUGCAGUAGAGGAAAGUGAACAGGUGCAUCAAGGCGGAGAAUGGGCAAUUCCUCCUUCCCAGGUCGAGAGAAGAGAAAGGGUCCCAUGAUCUCUGCCGGCGAUGCCGAGUUCCCCCGGGAUUACCACACCCUGGCUGCCACUGGCGGCCGCGGGGCCCGACGGUUCCCUGACAACAGCAAUGGGGGCUUCACGUCGUCCUCGCUGGACCGCCGGCACAACUCUGUGGCCGCCAAGAGCCUGGAGGCCCUGAACAGCAUCCACAAGGCUGACAUAGAGCGUCAGCGAGAUGCCAUCAUGGACCUCCAGAAAAACAAAUACUCCAACAGCCCCAGCAGCAUGUCACAGGGCUCCCCCGCUGCGGGCCGACAGCAACAACCAAACUACUGGAGCUUCAAGACUCGCACGCCACGCGUGACACGACUCAGCCCGACACAGCCGGCCCUCGCCGACCAGGCCAGCAGGGUAUCCUUCGCGUCAGCUGAAAAUCUGGAGAGCAUGUCAGACCCUGAUAUCCCCAUCGGCUUCAACAGGAUGAACCGGCUCCGCCAGAGCCUGCCGCUGGCCCGCUCGUCCAGCCAGGCCAAGCUGCGGGCGCCAGGGAUCUUGUUCCUCCAGCUUGGGGAGGAGACUCGCAGGGUUCACCUGACCCACGAGCUGACCAGCCUGGACACUCUGAGGGCCCUCAUCGUGCACAUGUUCCCCCAGAGGCUCACCAUGGCCAUGCUCAGGUCCCCCAGCACGGCUCUGUUGAUUAAAGAUGAGACCCGUAAUGUCUUCUAUGAGCUGGAGGACCCACGGGACGUUCAGGACCGCUGCGUAAUUAAGAUUUACUGCAAAGAGCCCAUCUACAGCACCUACCCUGGACAUCACAACCCACACCUGGCAAACGGAGACCUGCGGGUGAGAGGGCCGGUGGGCGGCGUGGACACCCAAGUUUGUGAAGGCGAUAACUCGAGAACGAGGCGACGUCAGAGUUUCAAAUUCAUAUCAUCGGUGUAUCUACACAAGAGGGAGAUGGUGUAUGCACCCCAGGACUCUCCACCUAACCGCCGCCUGAGCAACCCACCGAUGUCUUCCCAGCAUUCAUCUUCCUCUGCUUCCCCUCCCCAAGGCUCACCGUCCCGUGCUCGUCUACUCUACAGUGGCGGAAGGCCUUCUUCCUAUGCCGGGCCACCCCACCACACCCACUCCCUGCCUCACCCUCACUCCCAGUCCCACCACUCCUCUCCCCACCAGCAGCCCCAGCUCCACCAGCCCCACCAGCCCCACCACCCCAGCCGGCCUUCUGCGCCUCCUCCAGUGCCAUACUUGAGCGCAGGGACGUGACCCGACGAUGAAAUGGGGGGAUCCAGAAGCAUGGUGCUGCUGAGGGGGGAUGAUCGUGGUGGGGGCGGGAUCUACGCAGACCCCUACACUCUGGGUCCAGAUCCGAGUCGGCUUAGCCUCGCAGGGGGUCCUCACUCUCCUUUGCCAGCAAGAGCCGACCCCUACGGCUCCUUAUACCGCCGUGGUGGGGGUGGGGGUGGUGGAGGUGCUGCAUCAGUGCGUUCACUCACCUCCUAUUCAGCAGCUGCACUACAAGGAGAGCUGAUGGAAAACAGCGCUCUCUACAGGCCCGGAGGACCUCUUUAUAACGAUGCCUAUGCUGCAUCUCUGUUGGCCAUGGGGUUGCGGGUGCCUCCACCCUCCUCCCCGCAGAAGAUACCUGACAUGAGAGAUUCCUACGGAGCAACCAUGCCCAAUCGGGGUUCUCCAGGGAGACAGAGUUUGCGAAGAGACUCUGUGACCUCUUCUGUGUUUGGGGACAGCCCCAAAGCCCGGGGUCAGGGACCAGGACUGGGUCUCACCUCAGAGCAGCUGUGCCUGUUGGCUGGUGCUGGAGGGGAUGGGGGGGGACCUGGAAGUUUCGGCUCACCCCUGCUGGGGAAUGAGACAGAGACCAGGGAGCGUAUGGAGGCGAUGGAGAAGCAGAUAGCCAGCCUGACCGGGCUGCUGCAGAGAGUACUGAGCAAAGCGCCUGAGGCAGAAAGCCCGGAGAAGAUUGAGUCAGCCAGUGACUGCUCAGGAACUGACACUGGACGAACUAUAAAAAAGAAAGCUUUGACACCAUCUGCUCCUCUGGCCCUGAUGCCGCCUCCACCCUCGGGGCCCAACCAGCCUGUGAUGGUGUCCCGUCUGCAGAUGCAACUCCACCUACAAAACCUGCAGCAGAACACCAACGCCCUGCGCAAACAGCUGUCGCAGCUACGCAACAUGCAGCUGGAGAACCAGGACUCGGUGCUCGCCCUGCUGAGACAGACGGAGUCUGAACUGAGCCUCAUGAUGCUGGAUGCCAUGCGCACCCAGGAGGACCCGCUUCAGAGACAGCGCCUCCUAGUGGAGGAGGAGAGGCUCAAAUACCUAAACCAGGAGGAGCUGCUCAUCCAACAGCUGCACGACCUGGAGAAGUCUGUGGAGGAGCUCCAGAGGAACUCGUCCGUGAAUCACGGGCUCGUGACGGAGCAGGACGUGGAGCAGAAGAGCAAAGAGCUGAGGAUGCUGGGAGAGACGCUCACUGAGCUAAAAAACCAGUUCCCGAGCCUUCAGAGUAAGAUGCGGGUGGUGCUGAGGGUGGAGGUGGAGGCUGUGAAGUUCCUGAAAGAGGAGCCUCACCGUCUGGAUGCCCUGCUGAAGCGCUGUAACACCAUGACUGAUGCUCUCAGCACGCUGCGCAGACAAGUCACUGAGGGGGUGUGGAAGAGCCCCGAGGACCUCUCCAACCAACCGCAGAAACGAGCCGAUGACCUGAGUCGUACCUCUGAUCUCGACAUCCUGAACAGUCCUCCUCUCAGCCUCACCGAUCUCAGCACCAGCGCCGGCCUGGCCAACUGGAUGCCCGUGUCUGCCGGCGACGCGGACGCCUCGGGCCCCGAGCAGGACAUCCAGCCUACAAUGACCUUUAGAAAUCGAGUUCUUGAUGAGCUGCCAAGCCGGCGUCCUCCUGAUAAGUCUGUGUCAGCCGAAGUGCGACUGGCGGCUGAGCGGGACUGGGAGGAGAAGCGUGCCAGCUUGACCCAGUUCAGCGCCCAGGACAUCAAUCGCUUGCUGGAAGAGACUCAGGCAGAGCUGAUGAAAGCCAUCCCCGACCUUGACUUCGCUGCCAGGCACAUAAACAAGCCGGCGGUGCCCCCAAAGCCCCAGAUCACCAUCCCAAUAACGUCCGCCGCAGCUACUUCUGCAGCUGGGACCACUGGGACCACAGCCAUGACCUCCGCCACCUCCACCACUACAAACACCACACCCAGCGGGGACCAGCAGCCUGGAAAGGUGCAGCUGGCUGCCCAGAAGCUGAACAGCAUGGAGGGGACUGGUUCGCAUCGAGGCUCAGUGGACCUCAACGUGGCCAAGUAUCGAACAGAAAAGCCCUCCAAGUCUCCUCCUCCGCCUCCACCUCGCCGAAGCUUCCCCUCCGCUCACGGCCUCACCACCAACCGUACUGGAGAAGUCAUCGUCACCUCCAAGAACCUGAAGAUGGAAGAAGAUGGUGACCUGCCAAAAACCCUCGUGAAACUGAGGCGGACCCCCUCCGAUGCCCCCCGACCUGCCUCGACCCCUCCUGUGAUCGCAGCCUCGGCCGUACAAGAUGAAGAUGACGAGGAGAAGAUUAUUGCCGAGCUGGAGAUAUUUCAGAGAAUGCCUGUAAAAGAUUGUAAUAAAGGGUACAGCAGCCCAGCAAAGGCCACCCCCACCUCUCCCUGCAUCAUGGGCAGAAAGAACAGCAGUAACUCUCCCGGCCCGACGAAGGGACCCACCGUCGCCGCCCGGCUCAAACACCUCCAGCAAGGCAGCCUGGAGAGGCCCAAAACCCGCAGGCAAAAAGAGGAGAUCCCCAAAGUCCAGGGUCAGCAGCAGGUAUUCCACUUCUAAAAAGUCCACCUCUGAUGCUUCGUCUGCCUCUGCCUCUCCUCUCUGCUGUCACUUCAAAGGAAGUCCCGCUCCCUUCCCCGGUGACUUCUGCGAGAUGAAAACUGUAUAGGCCUGACCGGCAGACGACACGAGAUCAAACACAAACCAGUGGGGGAGAAUAUCUACAGAACCCUUGGUUUUUUACCAGUUCUUGAUGUGUGUUUUGAGUUACUGGAUCUAACCUAGCUUGCUUAGAGGUCAAGUUUUUGUCGUGCGAGUACGUCGAUGUUUUGAUUUCCUGAGGAAGGUCUCGGUGCUUGUGACUGACUAAACUAGCUUUAUUAUGAUAGAUCUAUUCCGAUACAUCCUCUGCCUCCGUUGUGUGAAAUAAGCUUCAGUAAUGCCACGGAAAGACUUCAUAUCUCAGAGUCACAGAGAUGAUAUUUCACCCUGAUCCAGCCAUGUUUCUCUCACUGAAUCCUCCUCAUCUCUCAGUCUGUUCAUCCAGUAAUUACCACAUGCUGCUCUUUUUCUAUUACCCAUCAUUAGACCUCAAGGUCAACAGGCAGGGGUGCAGCAGGCGCUGAAAAACCUGAAGGGUUCACAUUCCAGCCCCUAGGCCAGUCCAUAAAGCUAGCUUACUUGCCUUUUUAAAGCCAGGAUGCUAUGAUUAUUUUGCAAGACACCAAGCACUAACCACAAGGUGCAAGGUCAGCUGAAGAUGGUGUGCAGGUUUCAAUUUAAUAUCUGCAGUGAGCAGAGUUAUAGUAGCACCAGUAGCAGCGAUGUAAAAACAAAGAUGAAUAGAUGGAAAGAAUGGAAGCAAGGACCACAACCCCAACAGAUAAUGAAGAUGAGCUGAACGAGAAGCAGCGAGCCAACAGGCUGCAACUGGGGAAGACCUUACUGAGGAUCACGGGCAACAGAUCCCCAAAGAAAGCCACCUUCCCCUGGAAGCAGUGAUUGAGCGUUUUGCACAUUUUGAAAACUGUAGCAGUUGUAAAACUGGUAGAAGCGACCGUGACUUUGAAUAGGUGGUGUGGGAAUCCUUUGCCCAAGGCAGAUGGGGCCAGGUCAGAAACCAAACCUCAGCAAAUUCAAGACAGUGUGGGGACUUUACAGAGGGAAAGGAACCAGAAUUGGAUGGCAGAGCUGUGAUGGAGGGGUGUGCGGUGUCCUGCUAGUGAACUUCAGAUAAAUUAUUUCCAAUCAUUGAUCUGAAUAUAAAACGGGGUACAAGGACAGUUUCAAGAAAAACUUUUGACCUAAUGUCAAGUUCUCUAAAAGUUAUUUUCAUUUCAACGUCUAAAAAUUCAACUUAAAAUUCGGACUUUCCCGUUAGCUUCUAUCUAUAGACGGUAUAUAAAAGAUGGACACGCAUCAGUUAGAAGUCCUGUUUUGAAGCCUCGAGGUUAAUUUUUCACCGCUGUCAAUCUUGGCAUUUUAAAACCAGAUGUGACAACUCAGUAGCCAAUCAACACCUUCUAUAUAAUCCUGCUUUCUGACUCUAAUAAUGACCAUAAUUUACAAAAUUAUUUACAAAACAGCCUUCAUCUUUAUUUAACUAAACCUGAAAUGAUGAUUUAAUGAUCUCAAAGUGUUUACCGAGAUCAAAAGGCUGAUGUCCCAUAGUCUCCUAUCAAAGAUGAGUCUCCCCCUGCUGGCCGUUAAAAGAAUGCAGGUCUUUCAUGUUGGCUUCACUUAUCAGACCUGAGCGUUCGGUCCAUCUUUUAUACUGCCUGUGGUUCUAUUGGUCAUGUGACCCAGUAACCAUCUGUCAUUUUAAUUACCACUGACACUAAAGGAAGUGGGGUGGAAUAUCAGCCACUUUUAUCAAUGUCCGGCGGCGAGGCGUGGUCGUAUAACGAGUUAAACUUUUCUUAACUUUGAAGCAAGCGACAGAGGCGAACACUAACUGGAGAUGAACUAGAUAUACAGAAGCAACCAACUGUCAGCUGUAAAACAGAGCAGGAGUUGUCAUUUUCAGUUCAUUAAGCUGCAGAUUGUUUUCCCAGUUGAUAAUUUGGUUGAACCUUUUUGUUUGCUGUUGCUUUGACCUUGAUAAACAGGUGAAUUAUUCUGUUUUACCUCCAGUUGUGCUUGAAUUACAAAACCAGGCAUUUAGUUGCUUUAAAAAACUCUCUAACACUUCUUUCUUACCACAAACACAACCAUGACCUUCCUGUCCGCAAGACAAACUUAAAACCUGUCUUGGUUCCCUCAAAUAUCCUUAACAAGCAACUUGACUAAGAAAAGGAGGCAUGAAAAGCCAAUAUUCAAGAUGGGGAAAACUUGGAGUAUGUAGAAAUAGCAGAACUGGGACAAUUUACAGCUCACACAUUCAGGAGUUAUCUGUAGAAAAUGCAGAUAAAGUAGAUUUUUUGUGAGUUCCUGGUUGCAGAAAGACUAAAAAGUAAACCUUACAAAUUUUUUAUGGACUUCUGCAGUGUUUCAUUAUUAAAGUGCUGUGAUGGCCUUGUACAAUUCCAAACUACUUAAGCACGAUGUUUGUUGGCAAAUUAAACCUCCAGUUUAAUCACUCUUACACAGAAAGAUGCUUCUAAGCUAAUCCAGGCAUCUUGAAUAAAUAAAAAUGCCGCGUACGCUAGCACGCCUUUCACAGCUGAUUCUGAAUCUGCCACAAAUUCCCAUCCGCUAUGUCGCCGUGCACCAGCACAGUACAAAGAGAGAAAUCGGUGAGUAAAUCAGCAGCUCGGUGUAAAACACGUCGCCUCCUCCUGAGCGUGUCUGUGCAAACGGGAGGUUAAAGUUGGCCGAUGAACCCUGAAGCACGGCCCUUUUGCCGCGGAGCUCCACUCGCUCUUAUCUGCUCCUGCAGGCGCUCCGGGCUGCCCCUGACCUGCUGAGCGUAACAGCCUUGACCCAUCCUUGGCUACGAUCCUCUUUGAGUAAAUACUGACAAAGAAAAUAAAAACGCAUCCAGCUGGUGUCUCUCAGUCAGGCAGGCAGCGGGUCACUGUCAAUCAUCCUCUCAUGUGUCAACGCUGCGUUUUGAUUAAUGAUUUUUCCAUGAGACAGCCGUCAUUAACUCAAAGCAGCUCCUCCACAUGAGCCCAGAUGUUUUUAGAGACUUUGCUUUCAUGUAUGCGAGCAGGCCAGUGUCUUUAACAAUGCCUCAUAUUAGCAGUAACAGCCGUUCACAUGCGGCCAACAUGGCUGACCUCCAGUUGACAUGCGAUGCCAUCUGGGCGCUCGUCCACAAAGAGGCCGUGAGGAUUAGUAUUCAGCUCCGGUGCCAUCUUGUACUGGUCUGAAUAUUAACUCCCUUUUUUUUUGCACCUCAUUUCCCUUAUUGCUUUUUAAAAAUUCAUGAUUUUAUAACCACACAGCCUGAAAGCAAAUGGUCAAAUAAUGUACUGUAAUUUUUCUAUUACGCAGGCCGGAGCGAACGCACGGCUGAGAUAAUGUCAUCGAACGUGCUGUUAAUAUUAUGCACAAACAUGUUCUCUUAUCGCAUCGGCUAAAUUAACUGUAGAGCCUCACUUGUAAUGGGAACGCUGGGAUAACAGCGUGGCUCAUCCGUGUCAGGAGAUGUAAAAAAGCAUAUAAAUGUCAGCCUGUACUGUACAUACAAUCAUGAGGCCAAAUGAAGCCUCGUGUAAACGAGUUAAUGUAAAGAGAAGGGAGGCAGUGAAGAGCAAAGAAUACACAAUUGGGGGAGGCAGCAGCGAGUUUACUCACUGGAGCUAGGAGCUGGAAUUUAAAACCACCUCACAGGAAUGUUAAUGUUUUAUCUUCUUCCUGUUGAGGGACAAAGAUGCUGUUCCAAACUCAUUGACUGCCUCGCUCCUUUUGGCUUCUGCUCUACUUUAAAUUAAAUGAAAAUGGGUCAAAAUAGUGUUUCAAAUCUGCAGAAAUCUACAAAAAAGGCGGUGAAAGCCAGAACGUAGGAGCUAAAUUUGAACUUUGUUGUCUGUGGACUUUAGUCGCCAUCGCUCUUUCUGCCACCACUCGACAAACGCUUCUUUUCCUUCAGGAUCAGUGACCUGGAGCGAAGUCUGCCUUAUGACAAAUGAACAAAACCAGAGGUUCAGCUCUGCUUCUUACCAAAAAAUCUCUCACUGCUGCUGCUUUCACUCAUUCUUUAGGUAAAUGGCAGGGAACUCCUGCAGUAGCAGCUCCAUACCUGCUGACAUCAGUGGUUCCAGCUUUCCGGUGUUUUUCUUUUUUUGCUGCAGCCAGGUAUUUAGCAGCAGCAGCAGCACGAGUCUUUUAUUGGUGGACGUGCAUGAUACUAUAUUUGGUAUCAAGAUGAAAAAGGGCUAACCUCAGCAGGGCCUCGGCCACCACUGACAAAGUGUGGCCAGCCGUUUAUCCCCCCUACACGCAGCCGAUGAUGAUGCCCGUUAGGGGGCCGUUCACAAGCUCAUAAAGCUGACUUUACAUCCUGUUACUGCUUCCCCAGCAGAAGUGAUUAUGUACAGAUAUGAUUCAGUAACAGUAACGAAGAAGAACUGAAGCAUGUAACUGUGGUUUAUUUCAAGCUUAUACACCACCGGUCCAAAAAAAGGUCACACACUGAUAUUUCAUUGGCCACCGUUAGCUCUGGCACACAUUCACUGUGGCAUCGUUGCAGUAAGCUUAUGCAAUGUCACAUUUAUUUCUGGGCUGCUGUCUUUUUUUGUUACUGAUGGGAGAGUCAGACCGCUGUGUAAAGCCUUCUCCAGCACAUCCCAAAGAUUCUCAGUGGGGUUCAGGUUUGGACUCUGUGGUGUCCGAUCCAUGUGUGGAAAUGAUGUCUCAUUUUCCCUGAACCACUCUUUUAACAAUCUGAGGCUGAGGAAUCAUCUUGGAUAAACCCAUGCCAUCAGGGAAGACAAACCUGGUCAUUCAGGGCAGGAUACCUCACACAUUACUGAGUCAGACCCCUAAUCCAAUGGUGGGCUCCCACCCACAAUGCCCUGCAACCAAGUAGUGAUUUUUUUUUUGGCCAGACACUGUGCAAUUUACAUGAUUUCAAAGCCACAUUAUAAGUUAGAGAGUAUUUGGCAAAUAUGGAAUUUUUUGCACAUUAAAGAAAAUAAAACAGCAAAAUAAAGACAUCCAGAUGAAUCAAACUGUAGCCGACCUAACUAGCUUAGCAGCUCUCCGUAGCUGUGAUCAUGUCUUUUGAAAAGUGAGCCGAUGCUUAAAUCACAUAGUUCAAUCUAUUAAAGUCUAUAUUUUAUUAUAUUGGCUUACAUGUUAAUGUGAUGAGUGUUAAUAGUAUUCAGACAGAUGGAACCAAUUCCCCAUAAGCUGCAGUUGUAAAAUAAGGCUUAUUCUUUUGAAAAUUAAAAAGAACAAGACAGUUGAAAGAGCAGUUUGAAGAUGAAGUGUCCAUUUCUGCAGUUUUAGGUAGUCUGAAGGAUCUGCUGUUUGGAGGUAAAGUUAUGAAGGUGAAAGGGAGUAAAGUUAAAGCACUGUAUCUGUUUUCCUCCCCACGCUGCUUCUGUUUUUGCUGCACUGCCACUGUAGGUGGGUAAACUUCACAAGAUGCCUGCGUCUCCAUCAGCUGAACUGGGGUGAUGUUGCUCCGGGCAGACGAAUGCUUUUAGAUUCAGAGUGUCAGGCAUCGGGAUCUGCCAAAAUAAUGUGAAGCGAUGCAACAUAUUUGAUCUCUUCAUGACUGGAUUUACUCUUUUGCUUCACUGUUUUGGUUUUCUUGUGGUAACGGCUGCUGUUUAGCAUUCCUCAGUUUGACGGAGAAGCUGCUGUGCUGCGUGGAGGAGGCGGUACACUUUUAAAAAUCCCCUCCGGAGCCUGGGCGGUGCGUCUGUCUCUGCUCGUCCUUUUGUUCCCGAGAGCGCCUCAGAUGUACCUGUGUCCCCCCCGGGGCUCCAGGCAGCACCUUGUCACCACAAACAGUUUUCUUUUAUUGCUGAACUUAAGCUGUUGUCGAGUUGGAUCCUUCCCCCUUUGUACACCCUGUUCCAACAAGGUUACAGACAAUACCAGCACUCACACACUUUAUCCAACCAGCCUUUUAUUGGCCUAAACUGAUUUUUCUUUGAUCUGUUCUUUCAAAGAGGAAUUACUGCCCACCCAAUUCAGGGCCUUAAAGGAUUAUUGUGGUUUAUCACAACUUAGCUCUUAUUUUUGGUGUGUAUAACUGUGUUAUACCAAUCAACGCAAACCCAGUUUCAAGGAGGAGAAGGGGGGGUUUACAGGUUUGUGUAGUGGAGCACAGUGUAUUCAUUCAAAAAUUCGUUCGAAAUUCCAGAAACUCUUUAGGAAAGUACGGUGGCUCUGAGAGGUCAAAUGCAGUGCAGCCUAAGAAAAUACCAGCAAAUACAAAUACGCUGUAAAAGCACAGAAAACACAGGCUAAGGGCAAACACGUAUCUACGGUAUUAUAUGAGUUGUACAAUUAAAACACGUUGCUUCACUUUUUCAUACAGCAAAACGAGCAAUCCUUCGGUCGUUUUGCUGUAUGUUACUCCUGUUCCAGCACAUUAUUUACGUUUUGUGAGCUUUUGUGGCGUUUUUCUAUUUGCUGGUGUUUUCUUCAGUUGCACUGCAUUUGACCUCCCAGGGCCACCGUAGUUAGGUGUUUAAAGAAGUCAUAAAUUAACCGAGAAAGCAGAUUUAUCUCAAGCUUCUUCUUGCUGCCAGGUUACGCACCCCCUGGUGGCCAUUUGAAAGAAUGCAGAUUUGACGUACUUUUGAAUAGGCUUGACUUUUCAGAUCUGGUGGGUCGUCAUCUUUUAUAUACAGUCUGUGGCCACACGUUGAGAUAAUUCUAGAAAACACCAGAAGUCCUUUAAGUUUGCUGCUCCUCAAGUACGCACCGAGUACCCAUCCAUCAGGUAAACAGGAGUCGGGACGACGUUCUUGGCACAUGCAUCAAAUCUCUCUUUACACACCCAGUGCGGUAAACCAUCUCCAUCGUUAAUCUUCCUGAACGUAACUUGUUUGUCUUUCGGCCAGCCGAACAUUUGGAUGGACAGACCGUUUCGGGCCGUGUGCGGCUCAUGGAGGUGUAAUGGGAGGGAAAAUCUGUAGCCCACUCAUGUGCAGAGCUGUUCAUUAGCAGUGGCAGCAGAGGGGGCCGGGGGACGGCCAGCCGCUGGUUGUUUUUCCACUUGGUUUAUUUAUUUGGCACACAGAGGAGCUGCAGAGGCUGCUGCUGAAGGCGAGGUGUUUAAAGUGAGAGCAGGUCAGAAACAUAAAUGUUUUCUCAGGAACACCCCAGAGCCCCGGCUAAUACAGAGCUGCGGUCAGAGGAAAAUUCGCUUCUCCUACACCUUAUCUUUCCUCCUACAUCACGCUCCUUUCCUCGUCUACUUCUCCUCAUCUCCUCUGCUUGUCUCCUUUUCUUUUUCCACUGUUCGCUUCCUCAUGGUUUUGUUUUUCUACUCUCUUCAUUACGUUUCCUUUCAUCCCUUUUUUCUUCUUCCAGUAGUUCCUAUCCUUAUCCAUCCCUUCCUUAUCUCCUACCAUUUCUUCUCCUCUUUCCUUAUCUCCCCUUCGUAUCUUCUUCAUUUUUCAUUUCCUCAUUUCUCUCUUUUCUUCCUCUGCUUCCUCCUUCCAUCCCCAUUCCCAUUUUUCUCUCUGCUUUCCUUUUCCUCCAUCGUUUCUCCUUCUAUUUCAACCUGUUAUUCCAUCGGCCUCAUUCCCAUCUUUCCUUAUCCUUUCCUUCCUUUCCCUUCUUGUCCUUGAUCUCCCUCAUGCCUUUCUCCCUUAUCACUUCUUUUUGUUUCCUUCCUUAUUGCCUUUCUAUCCUUUUCCUUUAGAUUUCUCUCCCUCUUUCCUCAUUUGAUCUUGCCCUUCUUUUUGUUUCCUCUCCUUUGUACUACUCAUCUUUCCUUUUUUGUGUUCCCUCUUCCUCUUUCCUUGCCUUUUGCAUCUCUUUCUUCCUCUUCUCUUUCCUCAUCCCUGGUUACCUCUCCUUUUCUCCUCUCAAUGUUUCCUACCCUUGCAGUUUAUUCUCCUCUCCUUUUUUAGCUUCUUUUCCUGUUUCCUCUGCUCAUCCUGUCUUCUUCCUCCCCGUCCUUCUUGUCUGAUGCAUUUGUUUCCUUGUGUCAUAAUCUCACUCCUCCUUUCCCUGUCACCCCUCAUCAUUUGUUGUCUUCUUGUUUUCUCUCCUUGUCUCCUUUUCAUCCUCCUUCCACUCCCGUUUCCUCGCUGCCUGUCCCUGUUGUCUCAUGUCCUUGUCCUCUUUCCUCUCCUCCUCCUCUUCCUCCUGUCACUGCGUCACACACAGAAGAGGAAGAAGAGCUGAAUAAGGGCAGAUUUUCUGUCCCUCGUCUCUGACAGCAGCAGCUCUGUGAUCAUUUCUGCCCGUCUGCAGCUCAGCGACAGCUUCGCACUCUUCUCUCUCGUCUACCCACAAGCACGAGGGCUGUCACGCCGAUGCACCAAAAACCUGACGUCCCCGGCGGCCAAUCACAUCGAAGCGGAAAGUAGUGGUAGCGCAGGAGGGGGAAGGGGCGGGGGAGGAGAUCAUAAAUCAUGGAUGAUUUAACAGAAACUUGAAAUACAUUUGUCUGUUUGUAAAAUUUGAUUUUUGUCUUUUUUUCUUUUUCCCUUCCCUUUCACCGCUUCUCGUUUCCAUUCUAAUUUUUUCUUCCUUUGCUCCCGAAUCUUCCCUCUCUGCUUGCUUUUUUGGGGCAGUGCUGAGCUUUUGUCACCGCUACAGCAGAAACGCCGCUCAUUGAUCUGGGCGAUCAUCAUCACCAUCACCACAUCACCAUCAGUUUCGCUGACGUUUUCCCCUCGCUGCUUUUUCGCACAUCAUUUUGGUCCGUGAGCCAGUCUCCUUUCUUCCUCCUCUCUCUCCUUGCUUUGCCUUUUUUCAUUCUCUGUCUGCUUCUCAGGUCUCUCAGGCCUCAGCUGGACUAAUAACGUGAGGAGUGAGUACUCGGAUCGUUCUGGUUUUGGACUCCUAAAUCCUAGCUCAGACCUUGAAGGUGUGACAUUUUGUCAUUAGCGUAAUUUGUCUGACUCUCUCGGCUGCCGUAGAGGUCGUUUUCACAUUAAGGAGCCAAAUUAAAAGGGUAAAAAUUUAUUCUGCACAUUUGGAGGUUUUUCCAUUGGCUCCAGACCUGCGUCGUGAAGCAGUGUGAGGAUUUCACCUCUAACAUGUAUGUCGCAAAUCCAUCUUUCACCAUAACUAACAGCUAAACACAAUAGCUGUGUCCCAGCUUUGCACCGGCUCAGUUACCUUAAAAAAGAACUUUUAUGCUCAUUAAAAAAAUGCUGCUUUGGGGGAUUUUUGAACAAAAAUAUACAAACAAAUCUUAAAAAGAGAACAAAGUCAUUCCACUGUUUGCUAAUCAACAUCUUUGGCUCAAACUGCCUGAAUAACAUAUUUUCAUAUCUGAAUACAUCUUGAGAAGAUCCUUUUUAAAACCAUUAUUUUUGUUGUGGGGUUACCAAAUUGCCUAUUAUUUAACUGUAUAUAAUGAAUUUACUAGGAAGGGAACUGGGGACUAAUUUAUGAGAUGUUUAAACACAAGGAAAAAAAAGUUCAGCCUAAAAGUAAAAAAAACAGUGAAAAGCUCAGUCUAAAUGCUGGAGUUAAACUCUAUAUAAAUAAAAUAAAUCUCGGUCUUCACUAAUUUAACAGUAUUUUGAAUGUGUGUCUCUUUUGCUCACUGCUUAUUAUCAGAUUACUUAGCUGACUUUGGCUAUGGCUAGCAGCAACAGCUUUAGUUUCUGUGCGCUAGCAGCCAUUCGCCUGUGCAGAGUGUAGCUAGCUUUUUUAUAUCACAAUACUGUAGAGCCGCAAAGGUCAGCAUGGCUGCCAUCUGUCUUCCUUUCCACUUUGUUGCCGUCUGCUCUAUGGCUCUGGUUGGUCAUCGAAGGCUCAACAGGUAACAGUAAAAUGUGAAUAAUAAUGAUAAUUGUAAUGGGCAGCACAGCAACGCGGUGGUUAGCGCUGUUAGCUUACAACAACAAGGUCCUGGGGUCAAAUCGAUCAUCUAGACAGGGCAAAAAAAAAGACAAUUAAAACCUAAAAUUUGUGACUAUGCCGAAAUUUAUAUGAUGAGCAGUAACGCAGCAACGGAACCAUAAAAAUGUCAGAGCUUUAAGUAAGGGAGCGAUAGAUUUGGUUGCCUAGCUGGGGCUUGUAAUGUCCACGAUGAGACCAACAGUUAGCUACAAAAUGAUGCACAACAUACAAACUUUUGCUACAUUUUUUAACUUUUACUAGUUAACUAGUCAUGCACAAUGCAAGUUUUAUCCUCUCUAACCACGCCCCUUUUCUAAGCCACACCCCCAGUGACUUUAGCCACUCCCACUCAUUCACUCCCAUUUGUAAAAUAAACAAUGCAAAAUAUUUGCAAAUCCAAUCAAAAAAUCCUCCCAGUGUGAUGAAAGCAUGUCAACAUACAGCAUUUAUUGUCUGUAAAUUGAAAGAAUUACAUAAAAAUGAAGCUCAAUAACAGCAAAAGAGAAUAAAACGAUGAAAAUGAUGAUCAUUACUAAAAUAAACUAUCUCCUCUUCGCAGGUGUGUGAAAGUGUGAAACUGGGACACAGCAAAUCGUGUUACCUUUACCUUUUGUCUGCAACACGUAUGUUGUCAGAGUUUAACCCGUUCCCAAAUCAGUGUGUUAUAAAAGUUUUAAUGAAUGUGACAAGCUGAGUUUGGAUUAAAGCGCAGAAAUGCAGCGAGCUGAGACGAAAGGUUUCAUGUAAACCGAAUCUAAAGUGACAAGAUAAAUAAUCCUGCACGCACCCGGUGCUCGACGCGGUGUGUGACAUCUUGCUGGAGGGAAAUCUGACACUGAGUGUGUAUUUAUACCACCGGCACACAGUAAAUUACAAGCAGACGUUUUAGUAUAUAGUUAAUACAUUUAUGGAAUGUAUUAGUAGUGUCAGAAAUAGCAUUAAAAGCUAGCACGCAGUUAAAGUAUAUCCUAAACCACUUCAGAUAUAUUGUAUGUAUAUUAACAAUCAUUUAGUUUAAGUUUGGGAGAGAACAUGUAAAAAAGAAAAAAAGUGUCAUCUAUGUUUUAUAUAAUCAAGCUUUUUUUUGUAUUUUUAUACUUGAAAAAGAGGAUUCAUAUGCACGUUUAACACAUUUAUUCUGUAAAUUUUUAUUUUUCUGCGUUAAAGAUUUCUUUAUUUUUUCUGCUAACCAUGAAACAAAUCAUUAACACAUUUUAUCGUAGAGACCAGGAGGGGCUCCAGAUGCUCGCGGCAGGCAGGAACAUGUAUAGAAAGCACAUGAAACAAUCACCUCUCUGAUAGGAUGCCCUCAUUUUGUAGCUGUUUUCCUCUAUUAUAACCAAUAGCGUACACUACACAGAUUAUACAAUUCAAACUGUUUAUCGAUGGUUUCUUGAUGAAUGUGUGAUUGUUCAAACCAUUUGUGGGUGUUCAAAUCAUGUAUAUAAACCCAGAUAAUAUAUAACAAAAUGGAUUUUAUGUGAAAUUUUUAUAGAAGGAAUUCAAAAAAAAGAAAAAACUCUCCAAAAUGGCAUGCAUACUGUAUACAUUCCUGGAAAUCUGCACGCUGGGUCAACAGAGGUCUCAUUUUCUUGUCAGAAAUUCUGUGUAUACUUGUGAGUGUAUGAUAGAGUAAAACAAAAAUUGUACAGUUACAUAGAUUUUUGUAUUAUGUUCGAAAUGGCAAAGCCCCCAGAGAAAAAAAAAGAAAACAAAAACCGCGACUAUUAUACCUUCAGAGAAAUGAACGAUAUUGUAUAUCAACUAAAUGAUGAGUGGUGCUUGCUGUGUGGGGUAAGUGUUGUUUGUGAAUCGUGAAGAAGAAUGAUAAACUACUACAAAGUCAGUAUAACUAAAGACCAACUAAACAGUGCAAAAACACCGCGCAACUUUGUGUAUGGAAGCUAAAAGUUGCUGCUUCGUGUGAGAAAAACCAACCGAAUGAAAAAGGUUGCUGCUUUUGUACAUUCCUGUUGUGUUUUUGUGACAAUAAAGGUGACCCUCUUAUACACGA